CGACAUGGUGGCUACGAUCGAGGACCUGCACGCGGACGUGCUGGCCUGCGCGCUGCGCCGCCUGGACGGCCGGUCGCUGGCCGCCGCGAGCUGCGCGACGGCCGGGCUCCGCGCGCUCGCCGCGGACCCGGACACGUGGCGCGCGCUCUGCCUCGCCGAGUGGCCGUCCCUCGCGGCCCAGCACGGGCUCCUCUCCGCGGUGCCGCCGCGCCGCCUCUUCGCCGACGCGUCCCCUUUCCCGUGCCCGGACGCUGGGGAGCUCGGCGCUGGCGGGCUCCCCACGAGGCUCGUCUCCGCGGUGGACGUGUACUACAGGGGCGCGCCCGUGCUGUCCCGCGUGGUGGAGACGCCCGCGUCGUCGCCGUGGUUCCUCAGCUCGCCGUUCCGCGUCGAGGCCGUGGACUGCAAGAAACCGGCGCCGGUGGCAGCGGCGUUCUCUCCGGCGGAGCUCGAGCUGAGCUGGGUGGUCGUAGACCCCGCCCGCGGCCGGGCGGUGAACGUGUCGAGCAGGCGGGCGGUGGCCCUGGGCCGGCACUGGUACACCGGCGAGAUGCUGGUGCGAUUCGCGGUGGUGCUGGGCGGGUGCAACUUCGAGACCACCGUGGCCUGCUCCGAGGAGGCCGGACACGUCAGCGAGGUCAGCCUCGCCGUGGAGAACGCCGACGGCGCCGCUGUGAGCGGCGAGGGCGCCCUCCGGCUCCUCGCCGCGGCAAUGGAGGGGCGGAGGAGGGGAGGCGAGAGAGAGCGGGAGGAGGCCAAGGCGAGGUACGAGGUGUUCGUCAAGAACAAGAAGGGGAGGAAGGAGAGCAAGGCGCGAAGAGAGGUGCUCGUUGACCUGUGCUGCUCCGCCGCCAGCGCCGUCGCCGUGCUGGCCUUCUUCGCCACCGUCGUGCUCCGGUGACAGGUCCUUUUUGCCACCGACGGGCGGAUCCAGGCAGCAAUGAGUUCAUUCAUGCAUGAUGUAGGUGCACAGUAGGCAUCAUGCGGGAAAUGAAUUGUUUUGUGUAAGAUUCCUAUAUGGUAUUUCUGCGCUCCAAGUAAGACAGCAUCAAGCAAGAACUAACGUGUAUUUACAUCUUCUCCCUGGCAGCUAGAGUGUUACAUCCAUUCUAGUGACAAAGUUUUCCUCCUAAUAAAUUUAGGUGAAAAUGACAGAGAAGUGGAGAGACAGAAAAAUCUGCCAAUGCGUUCACAAAUUCGUACCAUCAAGCAAUGUGACAUUCAAAUGACACAGUUCUCCUUAGGUAUGGGGGCAAAGUUUCUACCAUUGAGUACAUUGGCAGCCACAGUACGCAAGUACGAUCAAAAUCUACUGUUCCCCACCUACAGCAAUUAAUGAAGUUUAUUUAAAGUACUCCUGCUAAGUAGGAACAGCAAAGCAUUGGCUCCAGGGAGCCAUGGGGAAAACAUUGUUCUAGCACAGGAUUGUAUCAGACACCUGUCGAUGUCGACGAGGUUAAAGAACAGCAACAUUAUCUGAUAUGCUCUUCGA